GGAGAAAAGAGUGGACAAUAACAAACAACAACAUUGCGAUACGUAAAUAAUCCGCGUGUAGCGACGCAAUUUUUAUCCAUUUAGUGCGUACUAGCGGAGAUAAAAACGUUCCAAUACGAAGCGUAAAUUGUUCUGUUAGUUGUUUUAGUUUGGCUGCAGUAAUAUAGCCAAUAAUACCUUCCUACAGUAGCUUUAGUUCAGUGUCUACUUUUUCUUUACCUAAAAUUCCUUUGUGUGUUGGCAGUUUGCUGAUCUGGCCAGAUAUGUAGCAUUAUCUUAGAAGGUAAAUAUUUGCACUAGGUUUGUGAAAUUCAUGCCUGUAAAAGCGUUUUCUUUUGAAGAGUAAACGCCUUGAUCGUUAGUCAGGUAGCGGAUCUUAAGAGAUCUUCCCAAGUGUUGGUACAACUUAGAGCCGCUCAAAAAUUUUUAGACUUUUGACUGUACUUUAACGGUCUUGCAAACCUUUUUGUUCCCUUGUCGGUGCGAUAUUUCAUUUCUGACCAUAGAAGUUAAAGUGGAAACGGGUAGCAAAGGGACAACAGGGUAAGGGCACGUGCCUUUCGUUCUAUCCAUAUGUAGAAUACUACAUGCCGACUCUUUGAACCGGUUCCCUGCUUGGAUGUUUUGUAAUAAAAAGAAGGCACAUAGUUAUAAAUAUCUCUCUCAGAACGGACGUGUCGGCUCCUGCGCACAGCGCACGCAUCAACAGUUAACAAGGAACAGCGGAGGUUAAUAAGAAUUUACUUUCAAUUUUGCUGACAGUAUUCUGAAGAUCAGCUACGAUGGAAGAACCAGAUCGCGAUUCGGCAAACCUCGAUGAGAAAGUGGUCAACGACCCACUGACGGCAUCGCACAGCUCGGAAGAGACCGACAGCUGGACAUUGCUAGGAAAAGGCAACGAUCAGCAGCAGAACGAACCGAGUGGAGUGCAGGAGAUCGAUAAAGAAGAUGUGGCUGCGGAGAAAGGAGCUGGCCAGACCACCUCAAAGCAGCGUCAUGAUAGUCACCGAAGCACUGACUCACAGCUAGACGAAUCAUCCGAUGGAAUCAGCGUCAUCAGUGAGAUUGAUACGGAUAGCUCCGAUAAGAUGCUUACACAGGAGGAAACGCUUGGCGAUCAAGGAUCCACGGUUCAUUUCAGCCGGAAUAUUAAUCUCAAGCUGCCGGUUUAUGCGCCUCUAACACCGCCCUACACCCCAGACGAACCGAAACCAGCAAGGCGAGAAACAAAGGAAACCAAUACAGAUUUACAGAUCAAACGCUCGGACGAACAAACGGUAGAAGCAGUGAAUUCGAUGGUGGAACAUUCCCACCCCCCUGUAAGCAAUGCCAGCUGGGUCAUAUUUAGUCUGAUAGCCACCGGCAUGGUCGCGGUUAUACUCGGUAACUCAAUGCGGCUACAGAACCGAGUGGAGGAGGUAAAUUUUGAGCACGAGAAACGCAUUUCCGAACUGGAGCUGGAGAACAAUAUUUUGAAGAACGAGAUGAACAAACUGCGCCAUCUCUACACGCGCUCGGAGUUAGACGAGCAAGUUCAGCGGGCUGAAUUUGAGUGGAGGGAUGUCCUAAAUCAAGACCCAGCCGGUGAAACCACGGAACCGUUGCAGGACGCUGAAUUUGGUGAGGAAACACCGGCACCGCCACCGAUGAGGAAAGUGCCACCCCAGGAUGGUGGUGUGAAACGGAAGGUAGUUUGGUCGGGAGACGAAGAGGAACCGAUGCUAAUUGUGGACAAGGAUUACGUACUGCCGGCAUUCUGCUACAAGCAAGAUCAAGCCGUGCACGAUGAUCUGUUCUCUGAGUAUAGUGCAAAGUAUUGUGACAUUAAGAAGCGAAAGAUCGAAGCCAAGCAGAAAAAGACCGAAUUUCAACAGAAAAAACAAUCCAAGCCGGAAAAUUAUAACAAAUUCAUCCAUCCCAAAGCUUCCGAGCAAUCGCAAGAGAAGCGGAUCGACCCUGGCAAACCAGCCUCACCAUUUAACAUUGACUAUCAGAAAGCAUUUGAUGCGAUCAAGGCAGAAGGUAGUGUGAUCGUGGAAGCUUUGGGUAGCAUUUUGGAUCUUUCACCCGAACCGGAAGAAAUUGUGAAAACGAGUGAAACGCCUGCCCCAACAGAUUCUCCCGUGUUACCGGAUGCUGAAGAAGUGGUAUCAAAAUGCUUCGAAAAUGGCUGCGGAGAAGAACCUAAAAAGCAAAGAUACGAAGAUCACAAACAGGGAAAACAUUGGGAAAAUGAGUACGAUAGAAAAGAGGAUAACUCAAAGAAAAGGGAAGAAAAAGUAUACAACAAACAGAACGAGCAUAAUAUGCGUUCAACCCAUGAAGAUGGUCGCAAACAAAAGAGUGAUAGCCGUGAAGAAAUAAGACAAUAUGAUAACAAAGAAAGAAAAAAGGAACACUGGGAAAAGAACAAAUAUGAACAUAAAGAGCAAGAAAAACAGUAUAACAAACAGAAGGAGAAUAAUAUUCGAUCAGCGCACGAAGAUGGCCGUAAACAAAAGAGUGAUAGUCGUGAAGAAAUAAGGCAUUAUGAUAGCAAAGAAGGAAAGAAGGAAUAUCGUGAAAAGGAUAAACAUGAUCACAAGCGGAAAGCUGAUUAUCACUCGGAUGAUAAGUAUCGCAAAAAUUAUCACCACGACGACGAUGAUGAUGAUGAUGAUCAUCAUCACAAGAAGAAGUAUAAGCAGCGUGAAGAGUUUAAGGAGCGUGACUAUAAAGGACAGCCUCAUCGUGGUGACCAGCGGCAUGGGAGUGGUGAGCGGCCAAAGCAAGCUGCUUACGAUUCCGGUGAAGGAUCUUACCUAGAUGAAUAUAAGCGAACGGAAUGGACCAACGGCGAUCGGCGCCGUGACGAUCAUCAACAUUAUGACAAACACCACAAAAAGCAUGAUCGUGAUCAGCGCCAGCAACGUGCCGAUGGGGAUUGGAACGAAAAGAGAUACAAGGGCAGAGAUGAAUACCGCCAGAAUGGUGGUAAACAUGGAGAACGGGGUUCCGGCGAGCAGCAUUGGCAGGAGCGCAUGAAAAACGGACGACAGGCCGCCAGGGAUGAGCAGAGGCAGCAGAUGGAACGGGAAAGUAACUGGUACUUAGAGAGAGGAAAUCAGCGCGAAGAGGAUCGAAUGUUUUCACAGCCAGACAGUCAAACGCGAUGAAUUCGGUGAUCGUUCGUUCGUUCAUUCGUUCUGUUUUUUUGCAGCUUCGAAACCAAAUAGUAAUGACCAUCCUAUCCGCUGCUUUUAGUUUUGCUUUUACUUUUACGUUACAUUGAAAUCAGUUUGUGCAAUUAAUUUCAUUGAGUUUCUACUUUGCGAGCUAAAUGCUGUUAAAUGUAAGCAUUAGCUGCUAUCGAUGCAGCUUAACACAUGUUUCAACAGCAGCAUUAUAAUAAAAGUAUGUGAUAUAUAAGACUAACCAAA